AUGAAUGCGAUGGAGAAUAUGAAUAACAACAUAGAUCAUGAGGAGAACGAUUUUAGCACCAAUAUUUUAGUUCAUUCAUCUUUGAAGGAAGGGGUAUAUUCCAUGCAUGAUAUUGAGCUGAAUGAAAGCACGAUAGAAAUCCAAAAGAGUUCAAGUAAAAAUGACAUAAAAAAUGAACAGACAAAUGAUCUCCAUAUUUAUAGCGAAAAUGAGACAGAAAAAUCCUCAUUUCCAAAGGGAGGGCACUUGAUCGAUGAAGGAAAUAAGAAUUACUUGAGUAAUGACAAAAAUGGGAAGGAAUGGAAGAAUCUAAUAAUUAGACAUUUAUCCGUUGAAAGUGAACAGAAUGAUAGAUAUUCUAAACUGCAUCCCAAUGAAGGGUGUAACAAAGCCAAGAGUGUUAAUAUGCUGCAUAUAGAGGAAUGUAAUGACAAUUCACAAAGAAACAAUUUGGAAUAUGUAAAUGAGAGCACAAUUUUUAAAGAAUUACAAAAUGUGCGAAAUGAAUUUAUCAUAAAUGAAUCAUUUUCAGAAAAUAUUCACAGUGAGAAAAACCCACGUAGAUAUAACGAUGAUAAUGAGGUAGAUAAUGGGGUUCAUAAUGAGGAUAAUAAUGGGGUAGAUAAUGGGGUUCAUAAUGAGGUAGAUAAUGGGAUAGAUAAUGGGGUAGAUAAUGGGGUUCAUAAUGAGGUAGAUAAUGGGAUAGAUAAUGGGGUAGAUAAUGGGGUUCAUAAUGAGGUAGAUAAUGGGAUUCAUAAUGAGGUAGAUAAUGGGAUUCAUAAUGAGUUUAAUGAUGAGGUAGAUAAUUAUAAUAAUGAUUGCGAUAAUAAUUACAAUGAAAAUUACAAUGAAAAUUACAAUGAAAAUUACAAUGAAAAUUACAAUGACAAUUACAAUGAAAAUUACAAUGAAAAUUACAAUGACAAUUACAAUGAAAAUUACAAUGAAAAUUACAAUGACAGUUAUGAUGACAAUUAUGAUGACAAUUAUGAUGACAAUUAUGAUGAUACGAAUUUUUCUCCGCCACACGAAAAGCAAAAUGCACCAACAAAUCUCGCGAAAGAGCAUGAACACGCACAGAAAGAUGCAUACAAUAAUGAUUCAAAACAAACAUGUGCAUUCGUCAAGGAAAUAAAAUCUAGUUCGAAUGAUAACCAGAAUGAUAUGCACGUAAAAAUGGUAAAUGACUCUACAGAUGCACAAAAUGUGAAAAAUGAAAAUGAUAGCAUGCUUCAGAAAUCAAUCACACUAGAAGGAGAUGUCUAUUCUGAACGCGUAAUAAAUUGUGCAAACGCAGGUACCGAUACUAGUAGAAGCAAUGUCAAUCUCGUAAGAAAUAAAGAAGAACAUAUGAACGGAAUCCAAGUGAAUAACCAAAUAUUUGAGCAUGAUAUGAUUCCAAAUACAUUUAAAAAAAAAAGAGAUAUCACAGAGAUUGAAGAUGAUAUCCAUUUAAUUAGCGCGAAAAAAAAAAUAAAUUUUAUUUCCCCCGUUAAUAAUAUUUUAUUGUGUGAGGAUAAGGUCGACGAAAACUACAAUGAUAUCGAAAUUCAGGCGCGCAAUAAUGCUAGAUCUUUGCACAGUGCACCGAUAUCCAAUAUCCCGCAAUUUAGUACACUCAAUCCUGGUAUCCCCCAAAACUGCACCCUCAAUAGCGGUACCCCCAAGAACUGUACCCACAAUCCCGGUACCCCCAAGAACUGUACCCCAAAUUUUUGUACCCCAAAUUCCUAUACCCCAAAUUCCUGUACCCCAAAUUCCUGCACCCCCAAUAUCAGUACUCCGAAACUGAAAAUAAGUACAUCCGUUAAGUCAAAUGAAGCUGUAAUAGUAAAUGAAACGAGGAAUAUGCACCAUGUAGAAAUACAUGAAAAAAAAGACAUAUCUACUGAAUGCAUGCAAAAGGAUCCUAUUACUGAACAUGUCUCAUCCAAUGCCUGUACUACUUUUAACACAUUAGAAGAUGAAAGAAACCACGAGCUCAAGGAUCAAUUGCCCUUGAAAGACGCAAGCAUUACUACCACAGUGUACUGCAAAAUAACAGCCAUUCCUGAAGAAGUACAUAUAGAACGCCAAAUUAAUUUAUCAAAAAAAAAUUAUGAUGAGUGCACACAUUUCGGCAAUUUUUCGUGUACUCCUUUUGAUCUUCCCGAUGCAGAACUUAAAACGCAAAACGAGGUAGAAAAAGAAAAAUAUAUAAAAAAUUUGGAACAUCUAGAUAGCGAAAAUAUUGUUAAAAAUGUGGAAAAUGAAAAUACUGUAAAAAUUGCAGAAAACGAACAUAUUGUAAAAAACGUGGAAAAUCCAGAAAAUAUCAAAAACGAAAAAAUCGAAAUAUACGAAAAAGGCGAAAUAUACGAAAAAGGCGAAAUAUACGAAAAAGGCGAAAUAUACGAAAAAAACGAAAAAUAUGAAAAUUAUGAAAAAAACGAAAAAUACGAAAAAAACGAAAAAAACGAAAAAAACGAAAAAAACGAUAAUUGGGGAAAAAACACACCAAACAAGAAAAACACGAAAAAUCAAAAGGGAACGCAAAGAAUACAAAUCGAAUCCAAAGCACUAAAUACAUUGCUACCACAAAAUACACUGCCACCACGAAAUACAUUGCUACCACAAAAUACACUGCCACCACAAAAUACACUGUCACCACAAAAUACACUGCCACCACAAAAUACACUGACGCUGCAAAGUGGAAAUUCGCUUGAACAAAGCAUUUCCGUCCCCGUUAACACAACCAUAAACAAUAUAAACUUUGACAAAGCAUCACUUACGAAUCAGAACCCAAUUAUCUCUGUCGACAAGCGAACAAAUACCUUUCCAACUAACCAUCAUAGUGGUGUCGAACACUCUGGGAAUAAUAACUCACUCAAGAACAAAUCUUCAGAAAAUAUUAAGAAAUCUACUCCAAUGGGAGAUAAAUUGGAAGCACGAGUAUUAACUUCGCCUUAUCAAGGGAAUGAGGCAAAGGGGCAUCUUCCUUUUGAUGCUAAUGGAACUAUGAAGUCUGACAUGAUGAGAAAAAAUAAUAUAGGAUGUCACAAUGGGAUUGGUAUGAAAAAUGCACCUCAGAACAUCCAUAAUGAAAACAGCAUGAACAGAAUGAAUGGUUUAAAUAACCGUAGCAGCAACAUAAACAACCUAAACAGCUUAAAUAGUCGGGGAAGUCAAAACACAUCUAGUUACAUUAACAAUGAACAGUUGAUGAAUUAUCUAAAUGAACAAAAUCGAACAGAAAAUAUUUCCCAUAAAGAACAUCAAAUGGAAUCUCUUACCAAGCAAAUAAUUAGAAAUAGUGUAAGUGAAGACGACACUACCGUACCAGAAUAUCAUAAUGAUAAUAUAGAAUUUUUAAGCAGUGAAAUAAUGUUGAGAAAAGCUAGUCAAGAAAUGAACCCUAAUGACAUAAUGGAAGACAACCAUGUACCAAAUGAAAGAAAUCAAGAAAUAAUUUUUAACAGAAUUAAGCAAGAAACUGCUAUAAGUGUAUUGCAUAAGCAAAAUGGUUCCCAUUUUAAUGGAGAACGAAUGAUGGAAAAUACAAAUCUUGAGAAAAACACGAAUAGCUCCAUACACAAUGAAAACAUGAGGAUUAUGAACGAGGAAAUUUUACCAGACAAGCUGAAUGAGAAUGAUAGAGUUACACAGUUUAUUGACAAGAAUGAUAUAGAUGCACCAGAUACCCUUAAUGGAAGUUAUGGCACAACCAGGAUAAGCGUCGUAAGUGGUACGAGCGAUAUGAGCUGUAUAGGAGGUAUGGGCCGUGUAGGUGGUAUAAGUGGCACAAAUUGCAUGAACAGUAUGAACAAUACAGAAAACAUCAACAACAUCAACGACAUGAACUGCAUGAACAGUGUGAAAGAUGUGAACAGUGUGAAAGAUGUGAACAGUGUGAAAGAUGUGAACAGUGUGAAAGAUGUGAACAGUGUGAAAGAUGUGAACAGUGUGAAAGAUAUGAACAGUGUGAAAGAUAUGAACAGUGUGAAAGAUAUGAACAGCAUGAACAGCAUGAACAGUGUAAACAGCAUGAACAGUGUGAACAGCAUGAACAGCGUGAACAGCGUGAACAGCAUGAACAGCAUGAACAGAAUGAAAAGCAUGAACAACAUGAACAGUAUUCACAGCGUAGGUGAAGAAAAAACAUCAGAAGAUUUACAUAGUCAGCGCAUGUACAAUGGAAAAUUAAGGUGCGAGAUGAACAAUCAGAGCUUUACAACAGAAAUGAAUGCACAAAGUGUUAUUGGCUUCUCCGAUCAACAUAGUUUAAUUAACUUUGUAAAUAAUGAAGAUAUGAAGUGCCAAAGUGACCUAAAUAGUGCAUAUAACGAAAUAACCAAUAAUCCUAUGGAUCAAAAUGCGUUAAAUGAUUCAGGCAUCAACUACAACAACACAGAUCUAACUGAUGAUAAAUAUAUUCAAUGGUUCGACACAAUAUAUACAGUGUGUGUAAAAUUGGAUGAUUUGUGUUGUAAGUUAAAUGCAGAUUAUCCACACUCAAUGAAUUUAUGGGAAAAUAAUGGAAAACCAACUGUUUACGAAUUAAAAUCUAAAUUUCAAAAUAAUAAUAGUUUAAAAAUGUUAUGCAGAAAUAACCAAGUAGAUAAUGUACCAACUGGAAAUGCAAAUAUUAUUCCCAACAUGUUUAAUGAUUUAAGUAGUAGUGAUAGUAGUGCGAAUAGCAAUUGUAGAUGUGUAAUUUCCAACUUAAAUAACCACAAUGAAAGAACAAUGAAAAAACAGAAUAAUUUUAUAGCAGAAAAUUAUGAAAAUAAUAUUUCUCUAUAUAACAAGAGUCAUUGUAAAGAUAUGGAACAUAUGUACAGUAUGAAAAACAUAAAUAAUAAUGUUAAUUAUGUUAAAGAUCUCUCCAAUCCAAACACGAACCCAACUUCAGAUGAUCAUCCACUUAAUAGGGUUCAGAUCAAAGGAGAAAAUGACGCAACAAAUAGAAAAGUUCAACUUGAGUAUACACUUAACAGAAAUAUAUACAAUCAUGGAAAUUAUCACUCCUUGGAUGAUAAGGUUAUCCAUUAUGAAAAUGAAAAAAAAACAUUGAAAAAAUCGGAUCUCACACCUUUCCCCAAUGAAUUAUCAAAGGAUACCUUAGAAUUGUUAAAUAUGUACAGUAGGAACCAUGCAGAAGUAUGUGAUAACAACAUGUAUGUUAAGAAUACAUGGAACACAGAUCAAUUCAAGGGAGAACUAUAUGCACGCAUCCCUAUUUAUACGAAUCCCCCUACCUCCAGUAGAAGCAACAACAUCGGAAGCAGCAACAGCAGCAGCAAAGGAAGUAGUAGCAAAGGAUGCAGCAGCAAAGAGAGUAGCAGCAAAGGAUGCAGAAGCAAAAGAUGUAGGAGUAAAGGAUGCAGCAGCAAAGGAAGCAGUAGCAAUCAUAACAAUCUCAGAGAUCAUCCAUUUAGUAACAUCGUCCAUGAAGCCACAAACAAUAUGUCACAAGCAGGAACAGGAAACGCUUUAAUGAAUUAUGCAAAUGAAAACGGAAGAUUAACAUCAUACAUAAUGGAUGACCACCAUAACAUGAACUUUUUGAUCCAGAAUGAUGUGGAUGUAAACAAUGGAAAGAAAAAAAAAGGAGGAAAAAGAAAUUCAGCAAAUAAUAAUAAAAGUAGUACAGAAAAAAAAGCAAUAAAAAAAUGUGGAAAUCUCAAUAGAAAUAAUAAUAAAAUUAUAAAAAGCGAAAGUGAAUUUGAAUAUCUCUUAGAAUUAUCAGAUAAAGAAGGACCUAGUUUAGAAAAUCCAGAUGAUCUUAAGUGUGAUGUCGCAGGGGUUUAUUGGGACAAGAGGAGCUGGAUUGCAUCAUGGUAUGAUAAUGGAAAACGUUAUUACAAAUCUUUUUCUGCCAAAACACAUGGAUUCUAUAGAUCCAAAUUCUGGGCUAUCAAGGUUAGACUCUCCAAGGUUAAAGGGCAAACCAUCUUUGGUAAAAAUUCUCGCAAAAACAAAGAUAAUGCUGCAGACAAUGUUACGGAGAAAGCUGAAGACACUGUUGUGCAGAAAGUGGCAUACAAUGCUGUAGAGAAAACUAUAGAUAACAUUGUUGGAAAUGCUAUAGGCAAUGCUAUAGACAAUGUUGAUCUCACUAUGACUUUUAAUAGUUCAAUUGUAAGCGAACAUAAUAAAUUAUCACUUGGGAAUGUGUAG